ACGCAGUCAACUUUGCACGCUCGGCUUGGUUAACGUAUUGAUACUGCAAUUGAUGUCAGUUGCCAUCAUUGCUCUUAGUUCGUCCUGCUUAGGAAGCGAAAAUAUUAGCAUUGAAACUUAGUUCCUAUGCUAGACUGAGCCCUUUCUCGUGGAGUUAGGACCGUCUGACGAUCGCCCACUUUCCGCCUUAAUUUUUGUAUAAAGUGGUCGUAAUUUGCAGUUUUCAUUGUCACGGUUUCAAGAUAAGAAAAAAAAAACGCGUCAAGGUUGUCAUUCAUGGAGAAAAGUGAUUCAGCGCUACUAAAAUAGGAAGCAAUCUCGCCGAUGGAUAGAUAUCCCCGUGGUUUUCACACGAUGACAUUACCAAGAAACCUCCAAGAAACGACACACUCAAAACAACGUGUAUCUACUGGAAACAUGAACAACUCGCACAGCUUGGUGAAAUGCGGCAAAACCUGGUCUAAACUCCUGAACAGAGACCUAAUACUAUGGCUGCUGUCGUUGUCCUUGCUCUGUCAUUUCACUUCUGGGUGUUACGUUCGGAACUGCCCGUUAGGAGGGAAACGGAGUCAACAGUUGUGUGGCGCUUGCGGCUAUCUCAGUCUAGGCAGAUGUAUGGCACCCAGUACAUGCUGUAGUCCGUCAUUUGGCUGCAUCUCCGUCGGUUCCGAGGCGGACGGUUGCUAUGAAUGGAACUCCCUGUUGACCAGUGGUUGUGAUAUUAGCGGGCCACGCUGUGUGUCCAGUCAAAGUCCUUUGGUCUUCGGAAAAUGCAUCUCCAAGCACAUGUGCUGUUCAAAAAACGGUUGUGUCCGAAGCCGCAGCUGUGCAAGACUGAGGGAUUCCUCGAAACCUGACGAACUUUCAACUGAAAGAGGAAAUGAUCAUCCGAAAAUAUUGACAAAUUCUAAUAACGCACGCCAUAUUAGUUAUGGGACCGCAGAAGCAAUUAUAGAUUCCCUGCUAUGGCGUUCUAGAGCAAAUGGCAUGAACAAGGAAAAUGAAGAAGACGACUCAAACCCAGCCUACGAAUUUGGAUUGUAACUUACUAAAAUAGAUACCAUGAUCCUGUCACAGAAAGCACUCAAGAAAUGUUCGUAAUUAGAAUUUGAUCGACAUGUUGCGUGAUUUUUACUGUUCGGACUGCAUUAAUCUGCCUUGCGUGAAGACACUAUUAUCAGUAUCUAAAACAGUACGCGAGUUUCCAAUGCAAAAUUAAUUUGUAAGAAAUGACAACAGUAUUUUUUAAGACAACCGGUCCAUUGUUUCAAGAUUAAUUUCAUUGCGAAAUAUCUGAUUUAAAAUGA